AUGUCUGAGGAGAAAAGAUAUAUGCUAUCCUUGGAUAAGCCGGAUGGUACAAACUACGUGGUCCAUACAUUCACGAACGACGGAAAAUUAUGUAUUUAUUCCGCUGAUGAAUUAGCGAUGGAUUCGUUGAAAAAAUGGGAUCCAACCAACGAAAUACACGUUUUUGCGGCAGAUUUGAAGAAGAAGAAAAAAGGGAAUGGGAGGAAUAAACAUAAGGGACCGAAGCAUGACGACAAAUUCAAAUACAAACUGAUGGUUAAAAUUAUGAAAAAGAUUUUUGCCAAAAAAGAAGCAUACGAAUCGACUUUGGGAAAAUCGGAAAAAGAUGGAAUUAUAAAACAAGGAGCACAAUUUCUGAAGGAUCGGAUUCAAUCAAACAAAAAUCACUGGGUUUUUCCCUAUUUGUGGCUUCUGAUUCUGGCUCCAGUCUAUAUUCCAGUCAUCUGCUAUUUUGGUGCUCCAAUUUUUGACUUCAUCAUUCGCUUUUUCAAAGACAUUUUUGUUUGA